AUGUCAUUUUUAAAUCAUGAUACAGAAAGUAACAAUAAUCCUACUUUAAAACGUCAAUAUAUAUUUACAGAAGAUCAACGUCGUAGAUUAAAACAAAUAUUCGAAAGUGAACCUUAUCCAAGUCAAGCAAAAUUAGAACAACUCGUUGAUGAAUUAUCCUUGCCAAUGAACAAAAUAUCGAAUUGGUUUCAUAAUGCCCGAAUGAGAACUAAACCUAAUACGUAUACGAAAGAUACAAAUAAAAUAUCUUCGACGCCUUUAACUGAUAAUAAUGAUGACGAUGAUGAUGAUAAUGAUGAGGAUGAGAACGAUGAUGAUGAUGAUGAAGAUAAUACUUUACCAACAAUUGUACCCUUAAAUAAUUCAUAG